AUGUGUUGUUGCUUUCAGCAAAAACUUCACAGAAGCUUCGCAGAAGCUAUACAGAAGCUUCCAAGAAGCUUAACAGAAGCUUCACAGAAGCUCUUCCUCAAAGCAACAACACAUAGAACCGUACGCGUGUUCCUACGCAAACUUGAAUCAUUUGCCGGAGCAGUCAUGCAGAGACGAUUUCGCCAGGCCUGUCCGCUUUGCGGUCGGCCUGAUUUGAAGAAUAUCAGUACACAUCUUUUACAAGUUCACGGCUUACAAUCCAAGGAGAGAAAACCUUAUCUUAAGCAAGCCAAUGUGUCAUCAUGGCAGCCCUACAUCGACAAAUCUCCGUACAUGAACUCUGAAAAACAGGGAGGAAAGCGUAUGAGCCGAAGGGCAUACUCGUUGCCAACUAAGAAACCAAAAACAGCACAAGCAUCUUUGGAAAACAAUCGUAUCGUGUACGAUGAGCAAAAACGUAUUCGUAUUUUUUUGGUACUACAACCAGUGGAAAGAUUUUUACGACAGUUUGAGAAAAUCCCUCGGAAAAAGCAUCCAGUUUGAGAUAGGUUUGCCCGAGCUGUCCGAGAACAUGACAUGAAUUCACCGACAAGACACGACACGCAAAGACACGUAAUCUUGCAGUAGGAGACGAAGUCCUGGUCACCCAGCUGAAAAGAAAAAACAAGUAUUCCACACAGUUUGGAAAAGAUCCAAUAAAAAUCAUAAAAAUCAAUGGUUCUACAAAUUAUAUUAGAGGAUCGUCAUGGUAAACAACAUUGGCGCAAUUCAUCCCGCGUAAAGAAAUACCUAAAGAAAAACCCCACUCCCUCAGCGGACGAUGAAGAUUUCACAUCGACGAAUCCCAUUCCAUCAGCAGGAAAUCAACCUGAAACCAUAAACACACCAGCCACAGAUCCCACAGGCAAUGAAGCCAACAUUCAAAACCAGACAGGAACCAAUAACAAUCAGCCUCAAGAGGAAACUACGCGCAGAUUUAAUACACAAAAAUCUGCUCCAGAUUAUUUAGGAUUCGAUAAGUAA